AUGGAAUCUAUGCAAGAAUCUACAUUUCAGUCCGUAGACAUGGGUACAUUCCUGCAAACAAAAAUCUUAGUGCCGUCAUUGGCGUUUGAUGUGUCUGUCGUUGUUGUGGUUAAUGUUUUUGCUGAUGUUAUGGCUGUUGUUCUGACUGACGUUGCAGAUGAGGUCGUUGAUGAGACCGGAGAAAAGACGGAAGCUGAUGAAGACUGCACCGAUGAGGAGGAGUUUGAUGAUUUCAUUGACGAUGAAAUCUUCGGGGACUGCAUCAAAAAACUUUGUUUGAAUGGCUUGCUGCCGGGAGAAGUGGGUCCUAGCAAGGUUUCUUCUGGAGUUGAACACAGGGAAAGGUCUGACAGCGAUCGAGACUUUCGAUUGUUUGUGCAGAACAUGUCGAAGCACUGA